AUGGGGACAUGGGGCAUGGGGGCUAGAUCGGAGCAUAGAGACAGUGAUGGGAGUGAUGGUGUGAGGGCAGAGAGUGUCAGAGCCUCAUGGAUCCCUCUCUGCUGCUUCACUGCUUGCAUGCAUCCCAUGGGUGGAGCAUGGUGGCUGCAUGUGACGUGUUCUCCUUUGUGUCUGCAUGAGACGUGUUCUCCUUUGUGUCUGCAUGUGAGGUGUUCUCCUUUGUGUCUGCAUGGCAUGGCGUGGCAUGUGGUGGCAGAUGGCAGUCUAUUCAUGGCGACGCCUAUCGAUGCUGCCUUCCUGCUCCUGCCCAUCCUCGAUAAGAGCAGGAUGAAGAAGGAGGGAUCAAGCAGUGAGGGAAUGUUCAGAUCGCUGGAUGAAAUCUGCACUGUUGAUGGAUUCCCAUCGUACGGCUGGCUGCAGUCGCAGGGAGUGUGGGAUCCCGUUCUCCCUCUCAUCACCGACAUCAGAGGUGCCCUGCCCCCCGCCCACUUGUACCCCUCACGUCCCACCUCUCCCAUAUCGUCCACCUUGACUUCCACCCCUGCCUCUUGCGUUCUCAUACCAACUGUUCUUUUAUGUGUGUCUGUGCUACCCGUUGUGGUGCUGUGCGGUGUGGCAGAGGUGGGCAGCACACGGUUCUACAGGUUGAAUGACAGACGGGUGCUGGCAUGGCUCACAUGCAAGGUGAGUGGGUGCUGGCAUGGCUCACAUGCAAGAGCCACCAAGGGGGGCAACGCCUGGCCAGCCCACCUGCCACUACUGCCACUCAACCCAAGGUCUCCUCCACACCCCUCAGCGCUGGGAAGCCGGGCUCCGCAAAUUCGAACCAACGGGGGAAGAAGCCGCUUAAAGCCCAACCAGGCAAUAGAAAAAUCACCACCUUUUUUGGAAGGAACAGAUAAUGUGCAAAACCAACAGUAUGGGAAUUAUGUACCUUGUAUGAUUAUAUUCGAAUACGGUACCGAUGCCGGUUCAAAAGCGGCUUCGUCACGAAACCGUUGGGCCCACGUCGAUUUGCCCGAGGCUGACGUGUGCAUCCAUAGCUGGCCAUUCGUGAAGGGCCACUUCAGCGUGUCCCCUGGUCUCCCCUCCCGUGCUGCACCACCACCACCCAUGCCAUUCCAUGUCCGUCUGUUCAGGUGUACGGUGCUCGCACAUGAUACCACCAUCAUAGCACACACGAUCACAGAUCACUUCCGUGCCUCUCCUAUCCUUCCUGCUGAUAGAACCCCGGCCACCAAUCGCGCUCGCGCCCACGCUGUUCUCUUGGCGGCGCGCAGCCAUCUCGCGUCGCCUCCCCCGCCUGCCACUCGCCGCUUGAAUCGGCGCAUCCAUGAGCCCAUCCGCGCGCCCCUGGAGAUGCAACUGCGCUUGGGGGAAUUUCGCACGCCGCCAUUCCCAAAACCACGUGGCAAUCGAUUAAAAUCGCAUGGUGUGCUAAUUGUGUCGCAUGGCAUCGCAUGGUGUCAUGGGUCGCAUGACGCCACAGCUGCUGGCGCUCCACCCCGCCAGCCCUCUCUGCCCCUCGCACCCGCGAAUUCCCCCCUCCGCCCCUCCCACGCGUCCGCUGCCGCUGCCGGCGCAGCCCGCACUUUCUCCCCCCCGCUCUCCGCGCGCCACUCCGCGCCCCACCAUGCGCGCCACCCGCCUCCCCCAGUAACCUUCCCCAGCUCUCCCGCGCCUCCUCCUCCGUCUCCUCGUCGCUCCCGCGCUCCGCGCUCUCCUCCCCCGCGUCCUCCGCGCUGCACCUGCUUGCCAUUCCCUCGCUGCAGUCCCUCCCCUCGCUCCGCUCCCUCUCCUCCUUCUCCUCCGCGCACACCUGCGCGGGCUGCUCCUGGGUGCGCGGGGGGCAGCGCGGCGGGGGGCACGCGCAGCCCGUCGGAUGGGGGGGAGGUGCGCUGGUACUUCAGCAAGGGGCACUUCACCAAGGGCGCGGUGGCAGCAGCGGUGCCGCAUGCCAUAGUGGCGUCCUCGGCGGACUUUCUGCGCUUCAGUGCGCGCGACUCACACGCCCUCGAAACCGCCUUCCGCCAGCGCGAGGAGGAGCUGCUCACGCUGUGGUGGAAGGAGUAUGCCGACGCUGCUGUGGGACCCGCGCCAGGUGGCGUGCCGCCAUUGGCCGACCGCGUGGCCCCUCUGCUGUCGUCCGAUCGCAUCCGCCCCUGGCAGAUCGCCGCCCCCCUCAGAAGCAAGAGACGGCGACGAGGGGGGCGGUCGUAUGCGGUGUACUGGGAGGGGGAGGACCGCCGUGUGCUGCGUGGGCUGUGGUUCGGCAAGCGGGAGGCGCAGCUGACGUGGCAGCCGCUGAGGGAGGACGUGGCAGAACAGCUGGAGGAGGCGUACAGGAGGCGGGUGUGGCGGCGGCGGUGGUUCCAGUCGUCAGGGCUGUUCGCAGCUAGAGUGCCCAUCGCUGGCGCCGGCGAGGGAGUGAGUGCACUGUUCACGGGGGACGACAGCAGCUGGCGGGCGCAGCUGUGGGUGGAGGGGGCGCUGCUCUUCUCCUCGCCACUGCACGCCAUGGCCCUGCGCAGGGGCUUCCUGCCCCCGCCCUCCACUCAGGUCAGCGCAGGGGCUUCCUGCCCCCGCCCUCCACUCAGGUUCCCCAUCAGGUUCCCCAUCAGGUUCCCCAUCAGGUUCGCCAUCAGGUUCCCCAUCAGGUUCCCCAUCAGGUUCGCCAUCAGGUUCGCCAUCAGGUUCGCCAUCAGGUUCGCCAUCAGGUUCGCCAUCAGGUUCGCCAUCAGGUUCCCCAUCAGGUUCGCCAUCAGGUUCGCCAUCAGGUUCGCCAUCAGGUUCGCCAUCAGGUUCGCCAUCAGGUUCGCCAUCAGGUUCGCCAUCAGGUUCGCCAUCAGGUUCCCCAUCAGGUUCGCCAUCAGGUUCGCCAUCAGGUUCGCCAUCAGGUUCGCCAUCAGGUUCCCCAUCAGGUUCCCCAUCAGGUUCGCCAUCAGGUUCGCCAUCAGGUUCGCCAUCAGGUUCCCCAUCAGGUUCGCCAUCAGGUUCCCCAUCAGGUUCCCCAUCAGGUUCCCCAUCAGGUUCGCCAUCAGGUUCGCCAUCAGGUUCGCCAUCAGGUUCGCCAUCAGGUUCGCCAUCAGGUUCGCCAUCCGGUUCGCCAUCAGGUUCCCCAUCGGGUUCCCCAUCGGGUUCCGCAUCAGGUUCGCCAUCAGGUUCCCCAUCAGGUUCCCCAUCAGGUUCCCCAUCAGGUUCGCCAUCAGGUUCCCCAUCAGGUUCGCCAUCAGGUUCGCCAUCAGGUUCGCCAUCAGGUUCCCCAUCAGGUUCGCCAUCAGGUUCCCCAUCAGGUUCGCCAUCAGGUUCGCCAUCAGGUUCGCCAUCAGGUUUGCCAUCAAGUUCCCCAUCAGGUUCGCCAUCAGGUUCGCCAUCAGGUUCCCCAUCAGGUUCCCCAUCAGGUUCCCCAUCAGGUUCGCCAUCAGGUUCGCCAUCAGGUUCCCCAUCAGGUUCCCCAUCAGGUUCCCCAUCAGGUUCCCCAUCAGGUUCGCCAUCAGGUUCCCCAUCAGGUUCCCCAUCAGGUUCGCCAUCAGGUUCGCCAUCAGGUUCGCCAUCAGGUUCGCCAUCAGGUUCGCCAUCAGGUUCCCCAUCAGGUUCCCCAUCAGGUUCGCCAUCAGGUUCGCCAUCAGGUUCGCCAUCAGGUUCGCCAUCAGGUUCGCCAUCAGGUUCGCCAUCAGGUUCGCCAUCAGGUUCGCCAUCAGGUUCCCCAUCAGGUUCGCCAUCAGGUUCCCCAUCAGGUUCCCCAUCAGGUUCGCCAUCAGGUUCGCCAUCAGGUUCCCCAUCAGGUUCCCCAUCAGGUUCCCCAUCAGGUUCGCCAUCAGGUUCGCCAUCAGGUUCGCCAUCAGGUUCCCCAUCAGGUUCGCCAUCAGGUUCCCCAUCAGGUUCCCCAUCAGGUUCCCCAUCAGGUUCGCCAUCAGGUUCGCCAUCAGGUUCGCCAUCAGGUUCGCCAUCAGGUUCGCCAUCAGGUUCGCCAUCCGGUUCGCCAUCAGGUUCGCCAUCCGGUUCCCCAUCGGGUUCCGCAUCAGGUUCGCCAUCAGGUUCCCCAUCAGGUUCCCCAUCAGGUUCCCCAUCAGGUUCGCCAUCAGGUUCGCCAUCAGGUUCGCCAUCAGGUUCCCCAUCAGGUUCGCCAUCAGGUUCCCCAUCAGCUCUCCUCGUGCUGCCCCUGCAGGCAAUGCAUGCGUGGUGGGCUGUGGUGACAUACUCAAGGGGGACGGGGGUGAGGGUAGCAUAGGCAGCCGGGCAGAGGCGGAAGGGGGUAGACAGGUAGCAGGAGCAGGGGAGACGGCGAAGGAUGGGGAGGGUGUGGUUGUGGGGGCAUGCGGAGGGGAGGGGCGAGGAGGCAGGAAACGCAAGGGUGGUGGAGGAAAGGAGGGAGAUGGGAGCUGUGUAGGGAGAGGAGGGGGUGUGUCGAGAAGAGGAGUGGGUGCAGUGGAGGAGGGGUCAACGAGAGGGAAGAGCACGGAGAGGAGCGCCAGGGAGGUGGGCGAGACGAGCAGACAGAGGAGGAGGAGGCGGUUGGAGGGGAAGGAAAAGCUCGCUGCUUCUGCUGCAGUUGAUGCUCGUGAUGCGGCUGGGGCUGGGGCGAGUGGGGAAGCUCUGGGAUGUGAAGCACGCAUGGGGCGAGGGGCGGAUGAGGCGGCGAGGGACGAGGGUGGGGAAGGGAUGGGUGGAGCAGUGGGGCAGGCACGGUGUGAGGCAGAGGCAGGAGUGGAGGCAGGGAGGGUGGUGGAGGUGGCGAGUAGUGGUGGUGGAGUGGGAGGCUAUGAGGGAUGCAGUGAGGGUUGUGAGGGACGCAGGGAGUGUGAUGAGAGAAGCAGGGAGGGCAGUAAGGAAUGUGGGCAUGACGAGGCGGGUAGUGAGUGUGGCGUGACAUGCGCUCAAGUAGCAGUGGUGCCAGCGAUAGAGGAGGGCGGUGGGCGAUGGGCGGGUGAGGGGCAUGGGGAAGGCAGUGGGGAAGGGCAAGAGCAUGGGGGAGAGGGGCUGCAUGGGGAUGCGCUGUCUCGUGAGGAAGCACCCACUUAUGGGGAUGCGGUGGUUAGCUGUACGUUGGAGUGGAAGGAGGGAGAGGGCCGUGCAGAGGGCAGUGUGGAGGGCAGUAAAGAGGGGAUGGGUGGUGCAGCUGGUGCUGUGGAGAGUGGUGGAGGGGCGCGGCUGGGUUGGGAAGAGACGCAUGAAGGCGGGGAAGAGACGCAUGAAGGCGGGGAAGAGACGCAUGAAGGCGGGGAAGAGACGCAUGAAGGUGGGGAAGAGGAGGACGGAAGAAUGGGGACGGAGUCACUGGGAGAGGAUGGAAGAGCGGUGGGGGAUUGGGGAAUGCUGGUGGAUAAGGGGACAGCUGGAGAGGGGUUGGGGUGGAGUGCGAGUGAGACGCUUGGGAAUUCAAGUGCGAGAGAAGGGCAUGUGGAGGGAGGGGGGACACCGAUAAAGGAGGGGUUGGAUGAGAGAGGGAGGGAGAGAGCAGAGCGAGACGGCGCGGAGGCUGCUGCAGGGGUGGGAACAGGGAGGGACACAUCAGGAGCGGCAGAGAGGAGGGGCGAAUCCCGGGCACAAGGCAGAGGCAGUGAGAGAGCAGCAGCAUCACAGCAGGCGCCGCCGCGCCAGCAUGCGCCGUCUAUACGCUACGGCCGCCUUCUGUUCCCUGUGGACACGUUCUUCGCAGUGGGGUCGCCCCUUGGCCUCUUCCUCGCUCUGCGCAACAUUCGCCUCGGCGAUGGCGCAGGCGGGGACAGCGCGCGGUACUGGGGAAUGGAGGGCGUGCAGGAGGAGCUGCCAGCAUGCCGUCAUGUGCUCAACAUCUUCCACCCCCACGACCCCGUCGCCUACCGAUUGGAGCCCUUGGUGUCGCCGCAGUUGGCGUCUGUCCCUCCGGUGCUCAUGCCGUACCACCGAGGCCACUACCGCACACACAUCGUAGUGAAGCGUUUCUUCCAGCAGCUGAGGGACAGCCUGAGAUGGCUGUACCAUGCACUGGUUUCACCACUGCAAUAUAUGCUCAGGUCCGCAUGGAGUCUGCUGUGCUUCGCCACUCCACCUCCUCGACCCGCACCGGCCCCCGACAGCGGUGAGAUGCCAGUGUUGGAUGCGCGAUCGCAGCACACGCUCACACUCCUCACGGGCUCUCCGCACGGCCGCAUAGACUUCAUGCUGCAGGACCCCUCCUUCCAGCACCAGUACCUGCAGGCCAUGAGCUGCCACUU